UGCAGUCAGCACCUCCUCGGGUUUGACGGCCACGAAGCGACUCCAUACGUCGUGCGUGUAAAACUCCACCGUGUGCGCGUUUGCGAUGCUCAAAGUGGCAGAGAGGAACCGCGUGACUUCAUUUAUGCGUUGGUGCAAAUCCGAAAGGCUGAUCGAGGGGGGGAUCAUCGUGAAAAAGCAGAAAAAUGAGGCCAACAGUCGCAAUUCAUGUCAGGCGUCUGCUUCCUAUCGACUUAGGCAUUAGUAGUUGAUAAAAGAUCAUCGAUGACACUCGUAGGAAAACACUUUGCCAACAAUUUUGAUGUUUAAGAUAGAUAUAUUAUGAUUUAACUGUAUUUUAAUUGAAAAAAAAUUGCCAUUCUUAUUUUACAUUGGAUAAAAAUGAAGAAUCGAUGUUUUAAACUGGUUUAGCCACGUCUGUUUAUGACGUCAUCAUUCAGCGACUGUAAUGAAAUCCACGCACAUGUAAACAAUACAAAUAUUCGGUCAAAUGGCACCAGUUGAUCCGAAAACGAAGAAAAGCGUUCAAGAAAGAAACUUUAAGAAGCCGCAAAAACAAAAUGCUGGCGUCAAAAAGAGGAAAUGGAUUCCAGAAAACAAAGUUUUCCAAGGAAGUAUUCAAGAAGGUCAAGGUUUUGCUUUCAAGCGUAAGGAGAAAGUGAGGCAUGAUUAUAACAAGCUUGUGCGCAAGGAGAAGAAAAAGACCGACAAGCAGACGUCCUUGUCAUCGCUUUACCACGAGGAAUACCCGGAUCACCUCAAACAUUUGUACAUGGCCGAGGCCGAGAAACUGAAGAACGAGGCUUGGACAAACAGACUGAACCGUGUCAAACUGAGAAUGAAAGGGCACGAUCAGGAAGAAGAGACGGAGUUGGAGGACAAAGCUCUUUCUGAUCUAAAAAGUCCUGCUGCUCCUGAGGCAGAAGAAACAGAGACGGCAGCACCGGUAGUAGAAAGGCUUCCUUUGAGCAACCGCAUGAAGAAGAAAAUGGACAAAAAGUCAUCCUUCCAGAGGUCGCAAGAAAAAUACGAGCAGAUCCAAGAAAAGCGGAGGAAAAAAGAAGAGGAGUUCCAAAAGCGCAAGCAGCAACGAGAAGACGCCAUCCAAAAGUACAAGGAGAAAAAAAGGGAGACCUUUCAGAUGCUCUGCAAAAAGACCAAAAAGGGGCAGCCAAACCUCAAUCUUCAAAUGGACUACCUCCUUCAAAAGAUCCAGAAGAGUUCAGAAAUGAGUUCGAAAAACUAGAAAUACUCAUAUUUCUUCAUAAAGUCAAUAAUGUUGUGCAUUUUUACCACAAGAUUGCAUUGCAAGUUUAUUCAAUUGUGCAAUUUUAUGUAAUAAACAUGAAAAUACUCCCAA